AUGACCAUCGCUAUUAACAACACCGACAGCUACCAUCGUAUGGACACGGAUGUUCCGGAGAAGAAGUCCUGGACCCGCAAGAUUCUCACGUCGUUGACCUUUUGGAUCAUCGUUGGGAUGAUCGUGGGAAUCCUCAUGGGACAGUUCGCUCCCGGCUUCUCGAAGAAGGCUGCUCCGCUGAAGAACAUUUUCCUGCGCACGGUGCAGUUCAUCGUCUUCCCGCUUGUAUUUUCGUCGCUUGUGAUUGGUAUUGCCGACCAGAAGGACAUGAAGCAACUCGGUCGUAUCGCACUCAAAUCCAUCAUCUAUUUUGAGUUCGUGACAACGCUGGCACUCAUUCUUGGUCUCUUUGCUGUUAAUAUCGUCAAGCCCGGAAAAGUGGGUCUUACUCAGGGUGACGACUACAAGAGUCAGGUCGAGUCGACAUUCACGCUAGAAAAAUGGAUUGAGCACUUGACUCCAAAGACGUGGGGCGAGAUGAUGGGCGGCAACGGCUCAUCAGAGCUGCUUCAGGUGCUAAUAGCCGCCAUUCUCACGGGCGUGGCCACAUCUAAGCUGCAAGACCAACAUAAGCAUCUGAUCAUCGAGUUCGCACGCGCGGUGCUGGAGAUGAUGUUCAAGUUUGUGGACAUUGUAAUCUGGACGGCCCCUAUCGGUGUGUGUUUUGCUAUCGCUGACGCCAUCGGCUCGAACGGUCUCUCGGCUUUAGGCAGUUUAGGUGCUCUCGUGGCUACAGUUUACGUGACAAUUCUGCUCUUCAUUGUCGUCGUUUUCGGCUCCGUGUGUUUAAUAUUCAAGAUCAAUGCGGUGGAGUUCCUUGUUGCCAUGAAAGAGCCGCUCAUCAUUGCUUACACAACGGCCACAUCGGAGGCCGCGCUGCCCAAGGUGUUCGAAUGUCUUGAAAAGUAUGGUGUAUCCUCCCAUAUCUCGAGCUUCGUCGUGCCCUUCGGCUACUCGUUCAACCUGGAUGGCUCAACCCUGUACCUAUCGCUGGCCUCCGUCUUCUGUGCACAGGCCUCUGGUGCCGAUAAGACAGUGGGUGAGCAGAUCGUCAUGGUCUUAAUGCUCAUGAUCUCGUCCAAGGGCGUGGCUGGUGUGCGCUCGGCUACCUUGAUCGUCAUCGCAUCGACGCUGGAUCAGUUUGACAUACCAUCGUGGCCAGUGGCGCUCAUCUUGGGUGUGGACUGGCUCAUGGAUAUGUUGCGAACGCUAACGAACGUCAUGGGAAACUGCUUGGCAUCCGUCGUCAUGGCCAAGAUAGAGAACGAGUUCCGCACUGAGGAGUGGGAGCGCCAGUUUAGGCCGGUACACGACGGCGAAAUCAAGAUGGAUGAGAAGAUGAGCAGAGAGUCGGUCGUGUCCGUUUUCGAGGAGGCCCGGCGCUAA